AUGGGUGACCAGACGAAGGCCUUUCUGUACGCCUGGUUAGGCAAGAGUCGGGUCACUCCUGACUACCAGUUCACUCAGACCGGCGCUAAUGCGAGGAUUAGAUUCAGAUGCGAGCUGAGAGCCGAGGGCUUCGCUUACGUAGCGAUGGGUAACUCGACCAACAAGAAGGACGCGGCCGUCAACGCCGCCCGAGAUUUCCUCAUGUAUUUGGUCCGCGAGAAGAGAUUACCUGAGAGUGAACUCCCAUUCAAUAACCAGUCGCCAGCCAUGGCUAACCCGUUGGGUCGAGACAUGACAUCGGCUUCUGGCGACCCCAACACUCCGAUGCCUCCCAUCGACGCCUUCAUCAAUGCUUACAGAGGAGGUGCUCCGCCUCCCUGUCCACCCAAUGUCAAUGUCAGCAAAGGCUUUAUGUCAUACCCCGAGGGACCCAAACAGGAGUACAUCGAUCGCAUCGCACAGAAGCGCAAGUUUGAAGAGGCCGAGGAACUGGAUGUCAAUUCUGGUAUUCAUGGCAACUGGACCUUGGAUAACGCCAAACAAAAACUCAAUGAAUAUAUG